UUCAAAUUUAGAUAUUAUAGAAUAAAAAUUUAAUUUGGAAGAUCAAGUUCAACCGAAAAUGAUAAAUAUUGAAUUAAAUAAAAACUUUGAGUUUAAAAACUUAUUUAUCAUUUGAUGGACUAAAUAAAUUGGUAUGAGAGCCGGGGAAAAGGAUAUUGAGAAGAAUAACGAAGGCGAACGAUAGGAGGAGAAAUCAAUUUGAUGGACUAGUUUUCUGAUUCUUUCAUCUAUUUGCAGAGAAGGCUUGUACUCCUCGACACUUUUGCAUAGUGUUAUCUCUCUUCAAUUUUCAUAAGAAGUUCUGGGUUGAGUUUACCCCAUUUAUUAAAUGGAUGAUAAUGUGAUGGAAGACUUUAAGAAUCAGGUCGACGCCGUGCAAUCACAAGCCGAUAUGAUAGAGAAGAAAGUUCAUGAAAUAGAACAUUUCUACUCAAACAGUAAAAAACAAGCGAAUAGUUCAAAAGGUGGAUCUGCUUCUAAAGACAAAGACAAGGAUAAAGAGAGAAAAAAACAGCCUCAAGAUACUACAAGCAAGGAAGGUACAGCCUCAAAGCGAAUGCAGGAACUGAUACGCCAAUUUGGAAAAAUAUUACAUCAGAUUACCCAGCACAAGUGGGCUUGGCCUUUUAUGGAUCCUGUGGAUGUGGAGGGCCUUGGUUUACAUGAUUAUUAUGAGAUCAUUAAAAAUCCUAUGGAUUUUAGUACAAUAAAGAAAAGAAUGGAAGCCAAGGAUGUUAGCAGCUAUAAACAUGUGCGAGAGGUUUGUGCAGACGUGAGAUUGGUUUUCAAGAAUGCGAUGAAAUAUAAUGAUGAAAAGAAUGAUUUCCAUGUCAUGGCUAGAACCUUGUUGGACAAGUUUGAAGAGAAGUGGCUACAGUUUUUGCCUAAAGUUACAGAAGAGGAAAAAAAGCUUGAAGAAGAGGAUGCUGAGGCACAGCUUAAUAUCCAACUAGCUCAAGAGGCUGCUUAUGCCAAAAUGGCAAGGGAUAUAAGCAGUGAGCUUUAUGAGGCGGACAUGCACUUGGAUCAACUUAGAGAACAGUUGGUGCAAAGGUGCAGGAAAAUGUCAACGGAGGAGAAAAGGCAGCUUAGCAUAGCCCUCACGCGGCUCUCUACCGAUGAUCUAAGUAGAGCUUUAGAUAUUGUUGCUCAAAGCAAUCCUGAGUUCACAGCAAAUACUGAAGAAGUGGACCUUGAUAUAGAUGCUCAGUCGGAAUCCACAUUAUGGAGGCUAAAAGUGUUUGUAAAGGAUGCAUUGCAAACUCAGAGUCAGGGAAAGCCUUCAGCGAGCCCUGGUGGCGUCGACAAUAAUGAAAACAAGAAUAAUAACAACAAUAAUGUGAAUAGCACCUCUAAAAGAAAAAGAGAGAUAUGUGAUGCUCUUGCCAAGACUGCCAAAAAGAAGAGUAAAAAGGUCCCUUGAAUUGAAGUAUGUAGUAGAGUAUAGAUGUACUAAGCUCUUACAAAAUCUGUAACUAUGUUGUAUUUUACUAUCUCUGGGAAAAAGUACAAGUUUUUGUUUGUUUUCUUUGAUUGAUGUAGAAUCUGGACUGUUUUAGUAGUCCAUUUUUAGAAGACUACAUUGUAACUCUUACAA